AUGCCUUCCAGGAUGUGCCACUCCAUCCCCAACCCGAACUCUCACCCAACCACCGGCACAAUCCCCCUCCUAAAAAACAACAAAGACUGGCCAAAAUGGAACCUAGAAACCCACCAAACCCUCAAAAAUCGCGACUUCACCUCACUCCUAAAAGACACCAACAAACCACCACUCUCAUCUCCAGCCCAACUACGCACCUGGAACCACGCCCAAAAAACCGCCUGCGCAAUCGUCAUCAGCAAACUAACCCCCACAAUCGCAAAAGCAAUGCACCCCCAUAAAACUCUCGAAACUCUCCUCAACGCCGUGGAUAAAUAUACAAACCCCACACCCAGCGAAGCACUGGAAAUGCUCGUCUCCCUCUGGACUCGACUUUCCACCCUCCAUUCGUCACAACAUGCCAGUAUCACGGACUAUUGUGCCGAAGCCCGAGAUAUUGGCACGCAGUAUCACCGACUUGGAACAGCUAUUUCCGACACUAUUCUCUCCUGUGCGUUCAUUGCAGGCCUUCCGUUUGAUUGGAAGGAGUGGAAGAUUCGACGUACCCAGAAUGAAACGGUUUUAGUUCCGUGGGAUGAUUAUUCGAGUUCGACGUUUACGUUUGAGAAUCUUGUGCGCGAUGCAUUGGAGGAGGAGGGUCGGUUGUAUAGAGCUGCUCUGCGGGAUGAAGAUAUUAAAUGGGGUUUGAAAAUUAGAGAUGUGGGCGUGAAUGAGGUGACUGUUGUUGAUUUUUGUACCGUUUGCCAUGGGGUUUUUCAUACGGCGUCGGCUUGUUCGGGGAUUUCAAGUUUUUCGCAGGUGAGACGGUCUCGGUCUCGUCGGAAGGCGAAUAGUGGUUUGAAGAGACGGGGGGUUGAUUCGAGAGGACGGUAUGCGCAGGCUGCUACUGGUAGUCUGGGUGCUGCCAUUAAAUUGGGGUUGGGGAGUGAUGUGUUUUUAUUUAGUUCGUGA